UCCUCUUCCGAGUCACCAGGAGAGGAGGGUGAUGUCGGCGGAGCCUCUUGUGCUGUUUGGAGGGUCGAAGCGGCUCCUGGGAGGUCCUGCAGCCAUUUUUAAACAUUCAUGAAGCUAACCCAUUACUGUAAACCUUAUAGAGAAAGAGGAUGCCAAGGACAGCACGCUGGACAACAGAGAAUGAGAAGCAGCAUUAAAAUCCAAAAUGUCAGUCAAAAUAUUUUUUCAAUUCCUCUUGAAAGUGUAAAAAGUCUUCUUCCUCCGCAAAUGAGAGAUAAGGGAGAGAAUAACAAGAACAAAGUUUUGAGUCGGAGUAAAUACAAUAUACGGAACACAAGAAGACAUUACAUGAACAGUCAAGGAAGAAAAUAUCCAAAUGAAGAAAAAGUGGAAAUAACUGGAAGUCAGUGGGAACAAAAAGGUCCAGAUGGCCAAAAUGGGCAGACAUUAAUGAAAACAUUUACGGAAGGAAAGAGUGGUUUGAAUCAAAGAACCUCCAAGUAAGAGAUCAGAAAUAUUUUUGGCUUUCUCAAGAAUCCAAGAAUAUCGGUGUUGGAAAACCCCCAGAGAUUACCUAUUGUGUGAAAAACACAUAUUGCAGGUCACACCUGAUUAUGCGCAACAUGAUCCAUCCAGUGAAAAGCAAUACAAAUGUUUGGAGUGUGGUAAAAACUUUACUCGGAAAACAUUCCUCAUAAUUCAUGGAAGGAUUCAUACCGAAGAGAAACUCUACCAAUGCUUCCAAUGCAACAAAUUAUUAUGCAUGAACACCAAUAUGGUGAGACACAAGAGGACUGACACUGGGAAAUAAACUUUUUGAAUAUCCUGAUUGUGGGAAAGCUUCACCCGGAAUUCUGACCUGGUGAUACAUCAGAGGAUUCACAUGGGGGAGAGACCAUAUGAGUGUCCAGAUUGUGGGAAAAGCUUCAAGGAGAAUUCCUACCUUGUGAUACAUCGGAGGAUUCACACAGGAGAAAAACCAUAUGAGUGCCCAGAUUGUGGGAAAGGUUUCAAUUGGAAUUCUGAGUUGAAAAUACAUCAGAGGACUCACACUGGAGAGAAACCAUAUGAGUGUCCUGAUUGUGGGAAAGGUUUCUCUCGGAAUUCUAACCUAGUGAAACAUCAGAGGACUCACCCUGGCCAGAAACCUUUUGAAUGUCCUGAUUGUGGGGAAAGCUUCUCUCGGAAUUCUGACCUGGUGAUACAUCAGAGGACUCACAUGGGAGAGAGACCAUAUGAGUGUCCAGAUUGUGGGAAAAACUUCAAGGAGAAUUUCAAGCUCGUGAUACAUCAAAGGAUUCACACAGGAGAAAAACCAUAUAAGUGCCCGGAUUGUGGGAAAGGUUUCAAUUGGAAUUCUGAGUUGGAAGUACAUCAGAGGACUCACAGUGGAGAGAAACCAUAUGAGUGUCCUGAUUGUGGGAAAGGUUUCUCUCGGAAUUCAAACCUGGUGAAACAUCAAAGGACUCACACAGCAGAAAAACCAUAUCAGUGCCUGGAUUGUGGGAAAGGUUUCAAUUGGAAUUCUGAGUUGGAAGUACAUCAGAGGACUCACACUGGAGAAAAACCAUAUGAGUGUCCUGAUUGUGGGAAAGGCUUCUCUUGGAAUUCCAACCUGGUGAAACAUCAGAGGACUCACACAGGAGAAAAACCAUAUGAGUGUCCAGAUUGUGGGAAAAGUUUCAGUGAUAAUUCGUACUUGGUAAAACACUAUGGGAAUCAUACGGGACUGAAACCGUUUGAAUGUUCAGAUUGUGGGAAAGGAUUCAGUUCGAAUUCUGAGCUGGUGAUACAUCAGAGGAUUCACACAGGAGAAAAACCAUAUAAGUGUCUGGAAUGUGGUAAACAUUUCAUUCAAAAUUCCCACCUGGUGAAACACCAGAGGACUCACACAGGGGAGAAACCAUAUGAGUGUCCAGAUUGUGGGAAACAUUUCACUAGGAAUUCUGACAUGGUGAUACACCAGAGGAUUCACACGGGAGAGAAACCAUAUAAGUGUGCAGAUUGUGGGAAACAUUUCACUCGCAAUUCUGACAUGGUGAAACAUCAAAAGACACAUACCGAAGAGAAACCAUAUAAAUGUGAUUGUGGGAAAAGUUUCAGUCAGAAUUCCUACCUCGUGAAACACCAGAGGAUUCACACGGGAGAGAAACCAUAUAGAUGUGCAGAUUGUGAGGAAAGCUUCCAUCGGAAUUCUGACUUGGUGGUACACCAGAGAACUCACACAGGGGACAAACUGUAUAAAUGUCUGGAUUGUGGUAAAAUUUUCACACGGAAUUCUAACCUGAUGAUGCACCAGUUGACUCACACAGGAGAAAAAUUAAAUGAGUGUCUCUUUUGUGGGAAAAGUUUCUUUCAAAAUUCAAACUUGGUGAUUCACCAGAGGACUCACACGGGUGAGAAACCAUAUGAAUGUCCUGAUUGUGGGAAAAGUUUCCGUCAGUCCUCCCACCUGGUGAGACACCAGAAAACUCACACGGGAGAAAAACCAUAUGAGUGCCUGGAUUGUGGGAAAGGUUUCAAUUGGAAUUCUGACCUGGUGAUACACCUGAAGACGCACAAAGGAGAGAAAUUGUAUGAAUGUCCAGAGUGUGGGGGAAAAUUCAGUUGCAAGUCUGAACUGGUGAAACACCAGAAAACUCACAAAGAAAGGAGACUGUAUGAGUGUCUGGAUUGUGGGAAAAGUUUUCUGCAUAAUUCAAAGCUGGUGUUACAUCAGAGGACUCACACAGGAGAAAAACCAUAUAAGUGUCUUGAGUGUGGGAAAUGUUUCUUUCGGAAUUAUGACUUGGUGAUACACCGAAGGACUCACACAGGAGAAAAACCAUAUGAGUGUCUUGAGUGUGGGAAAUGUUUCUCUCGGAAUUAUGACUUAGUGAUACACCGGAGGACUCACACAGGAGAGAAACCCUAUGAGUGUCCAGAUUGUGGGAAAGAUUUCAGUACUAGGACUAGCCUUCUAAAUCAUGUAAGGAUUCACACAGGAGAAAAACCAUAUGAGUGUCCAGAUUGUGGGAAAAGUUUCAAUUGGAAUUCCGAUUUGGAAGUACACCAGAGAACUCACACUGGAGAGAAACCAUAUGAGUGUCCUGAUUGUGGGAAAAGCUUCUCUCGGAAUUCUAACCUGGUGAAACAUCAGAGGACUCACACAGGAGAGAAACCAUAUGAGUGUCCGGAUUGUGGGAAAAGCUUCUCUCGGAAUUCUGACCUGGUGAGACAUCAGAGGUCUCAUACUGGAGAGAAACCAUAUAAGUGUCUGGAGUGUGAUAAAUGUUUUAUUCAAAAUUCUCACCUGCUUAUACACCAGAAGAUUCACACGGGAGAGAAGCCAUAUGAGUGUCCUGAUUGUGGGAAACGUUUCAAUCGGAAUUCUGACAUGGUGAUACACAAGCGGACCCACACGGGAGAGAAACCAUAUGAGUGUCCUGAUUGUGGGAAAGGUUUCUCUUGGAAUUCUAAUCUGGUGAAACAUCAGAGGACUCACAGAGGAGAAAAACCAUAUGAGUGCCCGGAUUGUGAGAAAUGUUUCAGUCAGAAUUCCUACCUAGUGAAACACCAGAGGACUCACACAGGAGAAAAACCUUAUGAGUGUCUCGAAUGUGGGAAAAGUUUUAGUUGGAAUUACAAUUUGGUGACACACUGGAGGACUCACACAGGAAUAAAACCAUACGAGUGUCCGGAUUGUGGGAAAGAUUUCAGUUGUAGGUCUAGCCUUCUAAAUCAUGUAAGGUUACACAUAGGAGAGUAACCAUUUGUAUAACCCAGAUUGUGGACAGUGUUUUGCUCACAAUUUCUCCCUUAUCACUUAAGAAAUUCCACUUGAGGCAAAAUUUGAAGUUUGUAGAGGACUCUAGAAUUUAGUUUCUUGUCUUUUAUGGAAGCGCACCUCAGCAAUUAACUAUGUAAUUUUUUGCAUGAUUCUUUUUAAUGAAACGUGUUAGUAUCAAACUUCAGGGAGGAAUAGAAUAGAAUAACAAAAUUGGAAGGGACCUUGUAGGUCAUCUAGUCCAAACCAAGCAGAGGACCCU